AUUGUUGACGACAUCCCCGAACAAUAAGAUUAACACGCCGAGUACAUAGCUCAUAUAGCUCAGCGCUCAUUUUUAUAACAACUAUGCUGAACCCGAACUUAUUGGUUCACAUCAGAUUACUUCGCUCGGAAAUUUGUUAUCAGACAGCGAAAACGUGAAAAGCCUCCGUGAACUCUCUCGCCGCAGUCAGUAACAUUUUCGCGCUCAACUUGCUAGCAUUCCGGUUCCUGCAACGGCGUUAUCGUGUUGUGUAGAUUUUUUAUGAUCUAAAAGGAAAUUUCAGGUCAUCUUUAGUUCUCAAUAUGUUCAAAUAAACCUUCGGUGUGGUUUCGACCAAGCUGCGCCAUGUUGUAGUGUGCAUCUCGUUCUACGUAGAGGAUACUGCUCGUUUAAGCUCUUCAAAUCACUCAUACUGUUUUUUUGAACGAACCGAGUCGCGAUUAACAACGAAAAGAGCCAUGCUGCCAGAUACAAGUGCGUGCUGAGACAAACAGUUACAUAUUUUCACCGGUUUAUACACGAAAAGUACGCGGGAGUGAGCUUCAAGAUGACAGUUAUAGCGGAACCAAAAAGUGGUGGACUCAAGCGUGAGAUGGGCUUGAUGUCUGCCAUCAACGUUAUUCUCAGCGUUAUGAUCGGUUCGGGGAUAUUCGUCUCACCAACGGCCGCUCUCAGGUACUCUGGAAGUGUCGGAUUUUGUCUAGUUGUGUGGACCGUGUGUGGAAUAGUCUCACUGCUGGGAGCAUUGUGUUUUGCUGAGCUGGGAACCGUUGUGCCACGAUCUGGAGCAGAAUAUGCAUAUCUGAUAGAAGCAUUUAAGAAGUCCCACAAAUUCUGGGGUCCACUGCCAUCGUUCAUUUGUGCCUGGGUUUACGUAAUGGUAUUACGACCCGCUGAAAUAGCCGUAAUUAUUUUAACAUGUGCUGAAUACUCGAUCUUACCGUUUAGCCAAAUACUUGGACUGAAAAACUUACCUGAAGAUGAUCUUCAUAAUCUUAUCAAAUUGAUUGCUCUACUAGGCUUAGGAAUAAUCACAUACAUCAAUCUAAGCAGCGUAAAACUUUACGUCACCAUAAACAACAUCUUCGGCUUUUGUAAGGUGUUUGCCUGUCUCGUCGUGAUAUUUGGUGGUAUCUACCAGCUGGCGAUCGGAAAUACGGAGAAUCUUUCCAGGGGCUUUGAAGGGAGUAACUUUAAUCCUGGUCACAUCGCGUUAGCUUUCUACAAUGGAUUGUGGGCUUACGACGGCUGGUCCAGCGUCACCACAAUAACGGAAGAGAUCAAACGGCCUGAAGUAAACAUCCCCCGCUCGAUCGUGAUCGCUGUACCCAUCGUCACCGGUUUAUACGUUUUCAUGAACAUGGCAUACAUGACGGUACUAUCUCCCGAAGAAAUGAUGCGAUCUGAGGCGGUCGGGCUUGACUUCGGCGACCGAGUGUUGGGAUCGUUCUCUUUUCUGAUUCCUCUAGGCGUAGCGCUAGCCACGUUCGGAUGUGCCCUCAGUAUCCAGUUUGGAGUUACUCGCUUGUGCUAUGUUGCCAGUCAGGAGGGGCAAAUGCUGGAACCGCUAUCAUACAUCCAUGUGCGCCGGCUGACUCCGGCUCCUGCCGUAGCAAUGCAAGGCAUCCUCGCGCUGAUGUUUAUCCUAAUUGGCAAUAUUGAGAUGCUAAUCGAAAUGGCUUCCUUCCUUAUCUGGUUCUUCUACGGCGCAGCAGUUAUUGCACUGCUUACUCUUCGCAAGACACAACCCAAUGUCCACAGGCCCUAUAAAGUGCCACUGGCAGUGCCGAUUUUCAUUCUUGCCAUGUCCAUAUUUUUAUCGAUUGUGCCAAUUAUUACUGAUCCAUCGCCAAAAUAUUUCUUCGCGGUGGGAUUCAUACUAAGCGGUGUAGCUGUCUAUACUCCCUUCGUGUAUUAUAACAUCCGACCUAAGUGGAUGAAUCAUGUUACCUAUCUUAUACAGGUACUUUUUGAAGCUGUCCCAACGUCUGAGAAAUCAGAAUGAGUAUUGUUGCUGUUUUUAAUAAAAAAAAAAUAUUUUGAAAUAUA